GGGCGUGGCCUCGAUCGCAGCCUGCUUGGCGAGCCGCGGCUGCCCGUUCUGGCGCAAGGAUGGCGGGGACGAUCCGGAGAGUGGCGAAGGAGCUUGAUGCAAUUAAGAAGUCAAGGCUGCGCUGUGUCCAAGAUAUUGAGGCAGAUCCUAAUAAUAUCCUCCUCUGGAAGGGGCUUUUAGUGCCGGAUAACCCUCCAUACAAUAAAGGUGCAUUCCAAAUUGAGAUCAGCUUUCCAUCUGAGUAUCCUUUCAAGGCCCCCACGGUAACUUUUAAGACUAAAAUCUACCACCCCAACGUGAAUGAGAUUGGUGAAGUGUGCCUUCCACUCAUCAGUGCCACGAAAUGGAGCCCUUUUACAAAGGCAGACCAAGUGAUCCAAGAACUGAUAUCACUGGUGAACACACCUAAACCAGAGCAGCCAAUGCGUCCUGAGUUGGCCAGGGAGUUCACUGAGGAUUAUGAGCGAUUCCUGUCCAAUGCAGAAGAGCAUACCUGCCAAUUCAGUGAGAAGCGGCCGUGUGAAAGACCUGCCUAGCUAACUUCUCUGCUUUUUUCAGGACUUGGAUAGAGAACUUACUAUUGAUGGACAGCCCUGGUGGGAUAGUAGUCAUGUCAUACUAAACCAGGGGUCCUCAAACUACGGCCCAAGGGCUAGAUCUUGCCUGCAAUGCCCAUUUAUCCAGCCCACCUCAGAGGUUUUGGACUCACUUCGAGA